CAGAGCCAGUCCCACACAGCCAACUCGGCUCUUUCUUGGCAGUUUGGCUCAGGCUCCUCCGUGUAGGCGGCACAGUUAAUGACAGCUCAGCUGUUAGCCAUGAAAUAGCUUAAAACAUCAUUCCUGCGUGUUUCUUACGUAGUCGAUAUAUGUUUCUCGCUUUGUCGUCUCCUUUUCAGACGUCAUUGGCCGGCUAAUUCAGCUAGGUUAACGUUCAGUUGCCAAUUACUCCUCUGAGGUAGAUUUAGAUUUACAAAGACCUGAACAGAGGAUGCUGGAGUCAAUAAAAGUCACAGAAAGACUCCGUUGGCCAGAAGUAGAAAUGUCCAAGAAGUACAUUUUAAACUCUUCUGACAAGCCACUGAGUCCAAGCCAAGUGUACCUGGAGAAGAUUUCUUCAGGCGCCCUGAAAGACCUUUUCAGCACUGGCUCCAGGAGCUACAACGUCCUGCUGCAUGCUGACAAAGAGGAGAAAAAGAGCCCGAAGCAGUCCCCAUUCAGGAGGCCGAAAACAUCGGUGAGAUGCGGCGCCACGUUUAGUAAAAGAAACCGUCCUGGCAUGGCUCCUAAGAAGAUGCGUUCUCCAGAAGGAGCGGGGAAACCUGCACAGACAAAUCGUGUCCUCUCAGGCAGCAACUCCAAUCUCCCUAAACCAGCAAGAAACAUCACAGUCGUGGGCAGCACCAUGGGUCUAAACCCCCGUACAGUCCCACAGCUCAGGAAGAUCUCCAAUUCCCCUCGCACUAAACUACCUGUUUUGCAAAAAGCAGCGGUCGCACGGGAGGUGGAAAAUGCCAAGAAGCUCUGCAUCCUUUCAGCCAUAAAGCCUACGAAUGUUGAGAGAGAGAAGGCCAAGUUUUUUAAAUCUGACUUCAACUACAAUCCACAGUUUGACUACAGUAACCCCGCCCCACCACUCAUCCUGGAACGGCAUAACAACGCCUCAGACCGCUUCCUGACGCAGGCAGUGCACAUCAUGGAGCUGGCCCUGCAGCGAUAUGGCAACUAUGAGAAUUUUGAGCAGCUCACCGGGGGCAACCUCCUCACCAAGAGUCGCAUCUGGCACAACGUCAAGAAGUACAUGGAGAAGGAGGGCUGCAUGGGGGAGAUCGUCGUGCAGGUGACAGAUGACCUCCUCUCCAGAGCCUCCAUGACGGUGGUGAACAGCAGACCAACACUGACCAUCAACGUCUCCACGGCCCGAGAGCAGUGGCUGGAGGGAAUGCUGAGACAUGAGAUAGGCACACAUUAUUUCCGUGGCGUCAAUAAUUGCCACCAGCCGUGGAACAACAGCGUGGGCAGGAAGAAGCACAACCUGAAGCCUCUGAACCCCACAGAGGAGGGUCUGGCCAGCAUCCACAGCGUCCUGUUCAGGAAAGACCCCACACUGUGGCGCGCUGCCCUGCUCUACUACACUGUCUACCAGGCCAGCCACAUGUCCUUCACUCAGCUCUUCCACAACCUGGGGCGCUUCGUCCAGGACCCAAACACGCGCUGGGACUACUGCGUCCGAGCCAAGAGGGGCCAGACUGAUACAGCACAGCCAGGGUGCUUCAGUAAAGACCAGGUCUACCUGGAUGGUAUCCUGAAGAUCCUGAGGUACAGAGACAAGAUCAACUUCCCUCUGCUGAUGGCUCUAGGAAAGGUGUCAUUUGAAGACAUGGACCGCCUGAAACCGUUGGCCCAAAUGGAGAACAUACGCAUCCCGCACUUCAUGCAGGACCAGGCACGAUAUGCCGAGCAGCUGACCAAAAUAAUGGCGGUCAACAAUCUCACUGACGAGGAGCUCAAGACCAUCAUCUGAGCCCUCUCCACGCCCCCCCCGCACAAACAUGUUCACACCACUGCCAGCCAUGGUCCGCAUGCCUCAACACCAACACCUUCAUCCUGCAUGGUAGCAGAGUGUGUGAAUCGUGCAGCGUGCCGUGUUGCAUGUAGUACAAAGUUGUGUCUAACAGGUCACAUUAGUUUAAUCUGGUUCAGCUUUUAGUUCAACAUCUGUUACAGCCGAGUCAUUUAAACAUUAAAAC